AUGAGGCAGACCAGAGAGUUACAGACAGCAGGACAAGACCCCUCUCCCCCUCCUCUUUACCCACAAUCCUGCUCUCCUCGCACUCCUCGCACACCUUGGAACCCUUACGCAGCCAGACAGGAACCCUCUACAGAGCUGCUGCACAGCGGCGGCCUGGUGGUGGCUGAGAGGAGGCGUCCCAUAGCUGCAGGUUUGGGGGUUGCGUGUCAGUGUGGCAUCCAACCGAUCCUUAGCCUCCUAUACCCUCCAUCCCCACCUCCUAGCCUUCGCCCUGCCAUGAGCUCCGUCACCAAGCCCCUCAUUAACCCCUCCCGUGCGGCCCGCGUUUGA